CUGUCAAUACGGUGAAGAAAUGCAGUGUUUGGUGCAGCGGGCGCAGUGAGUGGAGCUUCACGAAAUCCUUGCGUGUUUUUUAAAGGUGGGAAAUGCCCUCGCUCCAGAAGUACAGGUUUAUUCGCCAGUACGCCGCAGAGGACGUGCGGCUUUGAAGACAGCGGAGUGGGCAAAGCGCUCGCUAGCCGUCGGCCAUUUAGAUAAAACUGGGUUCGUGGACAGAAGAAAGCAGACAACAGGAUCUGGACACGUUUACACAGACCUAUGAGACUGUUCUCAGGUGAGAGAUGGAUGUGAGAGAGGUGUAUGUGGUGGCCGGCAGCUUCGUGGGGUUUCAGCUGUUCUUCAAGUGCGUCAGUCCGGUUCUGUCUUCCAACUUCACGCAGGGUUAUGGGAAACUUCCUCCAAACAAACUCAACGACUGGAACUCCAGGCUUGUGUCCACAGUCCAUGCAUUAAUUGUGGGGCUGUUCUGCCUCUAUAUCCUCUGGUACGACGACGCCGUCAAUGAAGACCCCAUCUGGGGUGAUCCGAACAUGGUUAAGCUCAAUGUGGCCAUCACCUGUGGAUACCUGUUCUAUGACCUGGUGCUUCUAGCUUGUAACUGGAGUACCAUGGGCGAUGUGUUUUUUGUCUGUCACCACUUGGCGGCGCUGUAUGCUUACGGAUUUGUGCUGACACGUGGAGUGCUUCCUUAUUUUGCAAACUUCCGACUGAUUUCAGAAUUGUCAACGCCAUUUGUGAAUCAAAGGUGGUUUUUCGAAGCGUUAGCUUACCCUCGUACUCACCCGCUGGUUGUCGCCAACGGCGUUGCCAUGGCAGUCGUGUUCUUCCUCGUGCGGAUUGCCGUGAUGCCUCCCUACUGGGCAAAAGUGUUUGGCACCUUCGGUACGCCAGCAUUCGAAAGGCUUGGUCUGGCAGCUCAGGUAGCCUGGAUCGUAUCCUGCGUUUGCUUGGAUAUCCUAAACACAAUCUGGAUGUACAAAAUCGCCCGCGGCUGCUACAAGGUCAUAACAGGCAAGCUAAGAGGAGGCAAAGUGGUCUCCAAAAAGACCAAUUACAUGAACAACCACACAGACUGAGAAUCAUCCGCAAUCACGACAGAUUAGAUUAGACGUAUUCUCUUCCCAGAAUAUAGCAACUUCUGAGUCUUUAUAUUGCGCUCUGGAUGGAUGUGCUCUCGAAACGACGGUUGAGAGGAGACAGUUUCAUCAUCCCAGUGUGGUUUUAACCUCUACUUCAUGUACAGAGACUCUGACUUGGCCUACACCGGUGAAAGUCAAGCCGAUAAACUAACCUGCUAUGCCUCAAACACAACCAAAGUGCCUCCAAGCACAAGGAGAAGCAAUAGAACAUGGACAUGUGAGCUUGUGACCACGAAAAGUCCAUCAGAUCUCCAUCAAAGCCUUAGCCAGUCAGUACCCAUGCAUGUUUUUCUCGAAACCAAUCGUGGUUGCUUUGGGAGCCGUGUUUCCUGUGAUAUUUACACUGAUGUGCCUCAGUGAACGACAUCCUAAACUUGUUGCGCAUUUGGUCGGAAGUGCUCAUCCACUUCACUCAAUCUUACGUCAUCGUCAAGUCUCCGGGAAACCUCAGAUCUACCUCUCACACCGUGUCAAGCACAAGAACGAACACCGUUUGGACUUGAGGAACAUCUUGAAAAGGCCACAAGAAUCAAACACUCGCAGCCUUUGCUUUUAUAGUGCAGACUUCUAGAACUCAUCUUGUGUUGCACAUCAAAGAGUGAAAGGUGGUUUCCUUUAGCAAAUACCUGUGUGCAUGCUUCAAUUCUGACCAUGUGAGGUCACAUUUUUUGCAUUGGAUUGGAGGAAACUGCAGUGCUUUUAUCCAUUUCUCAGGUUCUAGCCUUUUCUAGAGCCCUCCAUUUUCUCCAACAUGCUUAAGGUGCAUCACAUGCACGGGUUUUAAUCCGUUUUGUUCUCACCAAGCAGAUUAUUUAAACAUUCAACGCCUCGAGGCUUGAUGGGAACUGGUGCAAAUUCACAUCUCAGUCCUGGUUUUUUCUUGGUUCUGUCAUUUUCUUCCUGCCAAAUUCUUUUUUUAAAAUUUUUUUUUUUAGCUUGUUGGUCACCAGAACUUCCAGCCUGACGUUUAGGCUUUUGUCAUGAUUCAUGAAUGCUGUUGUGAUUCUCUUGAAUGUGACUUCCUGCUGGGCAUGUCAACCCAUGUUGUGUUGCGCUGUGGCAUUACGAUACAGUGUAUAUAUGUGUGUGUAAAAACAUAUGCAGUACUUAUUCCUGCCAAGUAUUUGACUAAAUCCCUCUGUAGUCAGAGCCACUGUUUCUCUUCUGAAGUUCAGGUACACUUUGAAAAUGAAUGAUAUUUUGAAUGAUAAUGGGAGAUGAUUGUGGGAUAUGUAGUAUUUUGCCUUAUAUCCAUAAUUCGAAAUAACCAAAUCCUCCUCCAGGCCUUGAAUAUGUGAAGCUGUGACAAUAGAAAUAUAUUCGGGUGUUGUUUUGGAGAACAAAAUGGCCAAUUGGUCAUGUAAUUAUUAUAUGUAUCUAGAAUGUCUGAAAUGAGCUGCAAUCUUCGUGUUUAUGGAAAUGCAAAGGAGGUUAGGCUUUAUGGUACGUCAUCCACACAACCGUUGCACAAUCGAAAUGCCAUUGUGGCAUUGAUAUUGUAAUAUUUGUAAUUUUGAAGGGCUGAUCGAAAUUCAAGUUCAAGUUCAUUUACUGGACAAAACUGAUUGGCGAUACUCAAAAUAAUAAAUUUGAUUGGCAAAAAUGGUUCAAUAUUCAUAAAAACUGACAUUUCUCUACAGUUAUUGAUUGUUUUCUGUAGAAUGGUCACCUGUUGCUAUGUAAGCUACAACAUUUAAGUAUAUAAAAUAAUAUAGUAAGUAUAGAUAGGACUGUACUAGUAUAAAGCAGCUAUAGAGUUAACACAAAACUAACUUUAGUACCUUGCCUUGCCUCAGAUUAGUUUAAACUCCUAUGUCAUUGUGGAUUCAAGGGUGGAAGAAUGUGAAAAAAUAUCCAG